AAGUCUGUACUCUGUAGCAGCACUGUUCCUCACCUGCUCCCUCCGCCAAUGGCGUCGCAAUCUCAUCCCGCCACCAUAAUCGACGGCGAAGCCGUCGCUUAGACCAUCAGAUCUGAAAUCUCCGACGAAGUGCGCCACCUCUCCCAAAUAUAUGGCAAGGUUCCUGGGUUAGCUGUAGUGAUCGUCGGAACCAGGAAGGAUUCUCAGAGCUAUGUGAGUAUGAAAAGGAAAGCAUGUGCAGAAGUGGGGAUUAAAUCUUUUGAUGUGGACCUGCUGGAGCAAGUGUCUGAAGCAGAGUUGAUUAGCAAAGUUCAUGAGUUAAAUGCAAAUCCUGAUGUACAUGGUUGGUUAGUUAUUAUGUUCAUAUCCUGCCAAUGAAAGUUGAAAGAUAAUUACUUCCCAUUUUUCUACAAAUCCGUAAUGUGUUCAGCAUAAGAAUACAUGUUUGAUUAUGUUGGAAAAAAAUGUGUUUAAUUGUUGAGAUGACUCUUGUGGGUCAUGUCAUCCAUGCAUCGAAUUGAACUUUAUAUCAUGUGUUGUUUUGUGUUUUCAUGUGUUUAAAUGGAGAAUAUGGAACUCGAAGCAUAUUUUAGAUUUUCUUUCUUUAAAAUUGAAAGGAAGGAAUAUGAUGAUUGGUGUAGGAGGCAAGAAUAUUAUUCACCUCUACUUUUUUUUCUUGUGCAUGUGAUAUUCGUACUUACAGGUAUAUUGGUUCAACUCCCAUUACCUAAGCAUGUAAAUGAGGAGAAAGUUUUGGGUGAAAUCAGCAUUGAGAAAGACGUGGAUGGUUUUCAUCCUUUGAACAUUGGCAAGCUUGCCAUGAAAGGCAGGGAACCCCUUUUCCAACUUUGCACUGCCAAGGGUUGUCUUGAACUUCUAACACGGAGUGGCAUAAGCAUAAAGCGGAAAAAGGUUGUAGUCGUGGGUCGAAGUAACAUGGUUGGAUUGCCUGUUUCACUGCUGCUUUUGAAAGCAGAUGUUACUGUUACCGUAGUCCAUUCACGUACUCCUGACCCAGAAACUCUAGUUCGCGAAGCUGAUAUUGUCAUUGCAGCAGCAGGACAAGCAAUGAUGAUCAAGGGCAGCUGGACAAAACCUGGUCCUGCCGUCAUUGAUGUCGGCACAAACGCUGUUGAUGAUCCAAGUAAGAAAUCCGGAUAUAGGUUAGUAGGAGAUGUAGAUUUCCAAGAAGCUUGUAAGGUGGCUGGAUGGAUAACUACAGUUCCGGGUGGUGUUGGUCCAAUGACUGUUGCAAUGCUACUCAAGAACACCUUGGAUAUAUGGUGCAAAGCGUGUGAUCGAGCGUUGAGACCUUAUCUUCAGACAAAAUAUCCUGCUCCAUCCGAUUUAUCAUGCAUGGCUUUGCCGCAAAACAUUGUAUUGCGAGUUUGGCAAUGUCAUUGUCCCUGCAAUCCAAAUGCUUGUAUUUUAUUUUUGCUGGAAAAUUUGAAACACACUGAUGCAUUUCAUUUGCUCUCUAAUACAGCAGGAUUUUGAUUUUUUCCAUCGCGGUUCGAUAUUAAAUUAGUUGCCCGGAU